GUCGCCAAGCAAGCUCCGUAGUCGAUCCCUUCGGAGCAGCUAAGAAACAUCAACAAGAGGACAGCGACCACCUCGACGAUUUCACGACGCCACGUCUUCCCGAAUUCAAUUGUCGCAUCACACUAGCCUCUGUCACGAUUUCAACGCCACGAGCGCACGAGUAACGUCAAUUCGGGCGCGACGGCCAUUACGGAAAAACAAACAUCGGAAACCGCUACAACGACGUCACAAUGCCCAACGUCUUUCGCCUCGCAGCGGAUUUCUCCCAUCUGGGGAGCAUCCUGAUUCUGCUGCACAAGAUGGUGCAGCUGAACAGCUGUUCUGGCAUCUCCUUCAAAUCGCAAGCCCUAUAUCUCUUUGUCUACGUGACGAGAUAUCUUGAUCUCUUCUACACUAACAGCAUCUACAACCUCAUCUUCAAGAUCCUCUUCAUCGGCGCCCAGGGCUACAUCAUCUACCUCAUGACCAACGCAUACAAGCCAACCAACGACCCCAACGUGGACACCUUCAAAGUCCAAUACCUCCUUGGAGGCGCCCUCGUCAUGGCCAUUCUAUUCCCCUACAAAUACACUUUUGCAGAGAUCUCCUGGGCCUUCUCCAUCUGGCUCGAGGCCGUGGCCAUCCUGCCCCAGCUCUUUAUGCUCCAGCGCACCGGCGAGGCCGAGACCAUCACCACGCACUAUCUCUUCGCUCUCGGCAGCUACCGCGCGCUGUACAUUCCCAACUGGAUCUACCGCUACUUCACCGAGCCGAACCACAAGCCCGACUGGAUCGCCAUUAUCGCAGGGCUGAUCCAGACCGUUCUGUACAGCGAUUUCUUCUACGUGUACUAUACGCGCGUGCUCAAGGGCAAGAAGUUCAAGCUGCCUGUUUAAGGAGCAAGAAUCGAGACGAUGGCGAAAGCAGGAUACAGCUUCAUUGAGGCGUCCGUGUCCGCUUUCCUGCAAAACACACACGGAGGAAACGCCAAACCCAGUCAAGGCAGGCCAAGCCUACUUCGGAGGAUGCAUCAAUACGGCGUUUGGGGAGGUCGAGCCGCAGCGCGGCGUGUUCAUGGGCUGCUGCAUUGCAGCGUGUAUCAAAAUGCGAGGGCUAGAUACCGGGUGCGCGAAAUAGAGACGAUUGAUCUGCCAUAGGACGUAAUGCAGUUG